CUGCGCGGAAAAGGGAAGACGGAGCGAGAUCGGAGACUCUCAACUGCGCCUGCGCCGGCUGUCCAGGUGGCUUCGCGCCUGGUUACCUGGAACGCGGAGGCUACAGGAAACAGAAUAAACCUUCCAAGGACUGCUAAAACAAAAUCCCUUAUGUCUUGUCUUUAAGAACGUCUUGGCAACUAUGGGUGAAUACAGUAGGUUUAUAGAUUGGGACAAGAUGGAUGCUACCAUCCAAGCUCAAGAUGGGAAGGAACUGACCAGCCCCGAAUUUCACACUGAAAUUCUGAAACCACUGGCUCGCCAAGGUUACUGGGCCAAGAGCCACUCUUUAAGAGCCAAAGUGUACGAUAAAUUGAUCAGCUGUAUCCCUUGCCGCACGGUGACACCGGAUGCCCACGUCUACCGAGACAUUGUGGUGAAAAUUGUCGGCAAGCGAAACAGCAGCACGCUUCCCCUUCCGGAAUUUGUAGAUAAUAGCUUGGUUCCCACGUAUUGCCUGAACGCUGAGGGCAUCGGAGCCAUCAGGAAAAUCAUUUCCUGCAUCGGAAGCCAGUUCCCAGACAUCUCCUUCUGCCCGGCUCUGCCUUCCGUGGUGGCCCUCCUCCUUCACUACAGUAGGGAUGAAGCUGAAUGCUUUGAGAAAGUUUGCCGCAUCUUGGCCUGCAACGAUCCAUCCAAGCGCUUCAUCGAUCAGACCUUCUUGGCUUUUGAGUCAUCCUGCAUGACCUUCGGAGACCUGGUUAACAAGUACUGCCAGGCAGCUCACAAACUUAUAGUAGCCAUCUCUGAAGAUGUGUUGGAGGUCUACUCGGAUUGGCACCGGUGGCUUUUUGGGGAGCUGCCCCUCGUCUACAUCGCCCGCGUCUUUGACGUGUUCCUGGUAGAAGGUUACAAGGUGCUCUACCGCGUCGCGCUGGCUCUCCUCAAAUUCUUUCACAAAUUCAGAGUUGGGCAGAGCCUGGAGUCGGAAAACGUGCAGCAGGACAUCCGAGCGUUUGUGAGGGACAUCGCCAAGUGGGUUUCUCCCGAGAAACUGCUGGAGAAGGCUUUUGCAAUCCGUCUCUUCUCGCGGAAAGAGAUUCAGCUUUUGCAGAUGGCCAACGAGAAGGCUCUUCAGCAGAAAGGCAUCACAGUGAAACAGAAAAGCAGCGCAUCCCCCAAAAGGCAGAAUGUCCACCUGGCUGUUCAUGCUGAGAACUUCAAGUCUGAAAUUGUUGACGUGAAGAAGAUGAGGGACAUCUGGUCGUGGAUUCCUGAGCGCUUUGCCCUUUGUCAGCCUCUGCUGCUGUUUACCACCUCAGAGCAUGGCUUCAGCCUAAACAGGUUUUAUUCCCAUUGUGAGGGACAGGAACCAACUCUCCUUUUGAUUAAAACAACUAUGCAAGAGGUCUGUGGGGCUUAUUUAUCGACAGACUGGAGCGAACGCAAACGAGGAGGAGGCAAGCUAAGUUUCUUUGGGACGGGAGAAUGUUUUGUGUUCAGGCUGGUGCCCGAAGUGGAACGAUACGAGUGGGUUAUAAUUAAGCACCCCGAACUCGCCAUGACUGGCUCCAAACAAGAUAACAAUUCUUCGGCUGUUUCUGACUCCCCAUCCUCCACCAAUCUCCCCUCAGAUCCUUCCAGUCGCCUCUCCCCUUUCCUUUCAGCCCGGCACUUCAACCUGCCUUCCAAAGCAGCGUCCAUGUUUAUGGCCGGUAGCACUGAAUGCAUCAUCAUAGGUGGUGGUGAUGGCCAAGCCCUGUACUUUGAUGCAGACUUGAAUCACGGAAGAACGGGUCAUUGCAAUACUUUCAACAAUCAGCCGCUGUGCUCUGAACAUUUCCAGAUAGCUAUCAUGGAAGUUUGGGGGUUCAAGGACACUAUGAAUAGCUGAGAAGGUUGCCUCCUUCAAAAAAUAAUUAGCCCAUGAAGUAUUUCAGGUUUCUGUGGCCCAUUUCCAGUUGCAGGAACCAAGCUUCCCUUUGAAGCCACAAAAAUUAAGCUUCUUUGUACUUUGUGAACAGCUGAUUUGAGGAUCUCAGAUAAAUCUGGGACCUCUUUGUUUAGUCACUGUGACUUUUUACGUAAUUCCGUGUAGUCUUAAGUGAUUCCAACUCAGCCUCUUUCUGCUCUAUUGAGUUUGAUGCACAGCCUGAUACUUUUUGGUGGAAAGGGGUGAUCUUACAUCAACCUCUCAGUGUAUCCAUAACUCAGUGGAUCCAUUGCGGUCCCCUGGAGGCAUUCAGAUUUUUUUUUCCCAGAUCUUGACAGAUGUGGAUCAGCAGCUGAUGCAAUCUGUAAGUCUCAUUCCUUAUAAAUUUGAGCUUCCAUCCAAAGAGAACUGUAUGUAAUCAAUGGAUUAUGUUGCUAGUUUCUUUCAGUUUUCCUUUCUUCUCGCCCUCUGUGUAUUACGCCCUUCUAGGGAUUUCCUGAUCCCCAUCGAGCUACAGUAGAUGGAAAGAUUUUAUUGCAUAGCACACAAGGACCUUCAGAUCCAGCCCAUUAUUUUUAGGGACUUAGUUCCUUAAAUCUAUUUAACCUCUGCUUUGUGUGUGUGUGUAACAUUGGCGUACCUGGCUGCUGUCCCAAUUGCUAACUUUACUCAUAAUACCAAUAUGUGGGAAAAUAUAUUACAGGAGUCUUAAUUAGUUUUAAUUCUGCAGUGGCACUGAUUUGUAGAUGUUAAGGGAACCCCUUACAUCAUCAUAUUUUUCUGUUUACAUUCCCGGCGCCGCAUAUCGGCAAUAUACUUAUUUUAGGUAAUAGCUUCAGACCGCUGAAGUCCAACGCAAUAUACAUUGUGCACAGAAAUAUUCCCUUCGUCCCUUCGUCCUUUCCUAGACUAUCCCUCUGCAUUUGUGCUUAGAGAAACAGUAUUUCCAAAGCAGUAUUAGCCAUCUGACCUGAAAUAUUCAGUGCAGAGUAAAGCUAUAGUUGACUGGUAUGGGACCUGCAAUGUUUUCAGUAACAUGACUGCCUCUUUAUCUUUGUUUUGGUGCUGUGCGUCUUGAUUUUCAAACCCGGUGUACUGAAUAUGUGUGAAUGUGCAGAUUUUAUUUCUGAUGGUGGGGUUUCCCCCUCCCCUCCAUCCAGAGACAUUUGUGACUUUCUGGCCCCCGUACCUUUCCCCACUUCAUAAUUUAUAUCGCCUCUUCUUCAAGUUGUCAUGGCCUACGUCCGUCUAAAGUGUGUGAGUCUGUGACUGUCCAGCAAUCCAAUUGAUUCUAUUGUAAAAAUAAACUGAGUAUGACUUCAUUUUUCAAA